AUGAAGAUGGUGGUUUUGCACCUGUGUGUGGAAAGGCGGCGUCAUGUCAUAGAUUUAGGUUUCUACAAGGACGGUAUACGCGCAGCGCUCCCAGCUGUAGGUCUGGGAAGUCAGUUUUGGGAGGAUCCUAGUCAGGCUAUCUCCCAUGUAGAUUCCAAGUCGCCCGAGCGGCGGAAUCUACAGCCCGACGCGAUUCCAGCCCCGACAUCUCCACCAAUCGUCGGUAGCACCGAUUCGCAAGACGUGAGUUUCGAUGGGGCGCGGAGACCGUCAGCACACCUUUCGCCCUCGACACGGCAGCAGGAUUCCCACGACCUCAUCUGUGCCGACGAUCACCAAGGUAAGCUCCCUGAAUCAUUUGUUGACCACGCCCGUGCCUCCCGUGCCACAAGAUUUGCUCCGCACCUGGCCAUAUCAAUCCGUCUGUACGCCUUUCCCUUUGGCAUCUGUGGGCUAUCCGAUCUCCACUUCCGUUGGGUUGACCGCAGUACCCAGAUCAGCCUCGCCAGCUUAAUCCAGCUCAGCUCAAGGAAACAUUCGGUCGGAAUGAGCUGCCCCGCUGCCCUGGCGUCUUCUCAUGCCGAUCAGAAGGCAGCAGUAAGCGUACUAGGCACCUACAGCGACGAAAUCUAUUCGACUGUGGCGCGGCUAAACGCACGCGGACAACCAGUCCAACAAAGCGCUAAAUGGUGGACACCUCAAGAGGCUACUCGCAGGUUACGAGCACCAGAAUCUGGUGCUAGAGACAAUACGUUAUGGGGUUCAACAUACAUUUCGAACGGAUCGGAGCGGGUCGCACGUCGGAUUGAAUUGAUCAAGAGCAAGAAACCUCGAGCGGGCGUGAAGCUGAAGCGUGGCGACGUCAAAACGACUUUAGCCACCUUCACGGUCAUCCACGGGUGCCCUUUAUCCAACGCCUCGCUGCUUUUCAUCGGCGCACACCUCAAUAGGGUACGACUACACUGUCAGGUGAUGCACUGCUUAGCGUCUUAUGAAUCAAGCACAUUCUGGUACAUGGGGUACCGUAUUUCGGUCAUCUACACGAUCCCGAGCCGCACCUGA